AUGGAUUUGACAUGUGGGUUUGAUGUUUUGUAUCGUUUAAUUAUUGAAGCUACAUUUUUAUAUUUGGACCUAUUUUCAGGAAUUCUAAACUCGUUUACACUAGUGAAUUUGAUCGAGGAUGUUUUCGAGGACACUAGAAUCCCUAUUUCUGAGGUAACCGGGAGGAUCUUGGCGAAGGUUAUUGAGUAUUGCAAGAAGCAUGUUGAGGCUGAGAGUUCCGAUGGAAAGCCCUCCGAGGAUGAAUUGAAGAAAUGGGAUGCUGAAUUCGUCAAGGUUGAUAAGCCUACACUCUUUGAUCUUAUCUCGGCUGCCAACUAUUUAGACAUCAAGAGUCUAUUGGAUCUUAUCUUCGGAAAGAGAUGUAGGAACUUGAAGCGGUACUUUAUAUUUCCAUAA